GUCGCCGGUCGAGUCCCAUGUGGGGAGGGGAGGAAACAGGGUGCCGACAGACGCGAGAUACUAUGGAUGAAACAAGAUGCUGAAGGGAUUAGCUACUAUUUGGGAGCUUUGCUCUGGGGGAUUGAAGUGUGAAAAGAACACAAAAUGAAAAUGCUUCCUGGCGUUGGGGUAUUUGGGACCGGGAGCUCAGCCCGUGUGUUGGUCCCUUUGCUGAGGGCAGAAGGCUUCUCUAUUGAGGCACUGUGGGGGAAGACUGAAGAGGAAGCCAAACAGCUAGCCGAGGAAAUGGACAUUUCCUUCUACACAAGUCGGACAGAUGAUGUCUUGCUGCACCAGGAUGUGGAUCUGGUUUGCAUCAACAUUCCCCCACCGCUAACGCGACAAAUUGCUGUGAAGGCUCUAGGAAUUGGAAAGAAUGUAAUCUGUGAGAAAGCUGCUACCUCUCUGGAUGCUUUUAGGAUGGUCACAGCUGCUAGAUAUUACCCCAAACUUAUGAGCAUUGUGGGCAAUGCUCUGCGCUUUCUACCAGCUUUUGUCAGAAUGAAGCAGUUACUUGAUGAACAGUAUGUCGGCAAUAUCCUGGUCUGUGACGUGCGUGUGUAUUGGGGAAGCCUCCUCAGUCAGAAGUACAACUGGAUUUGUGAUGAGCUAAUGGGUGGAGGUGGGCUGCACACGAUGGGGACUUAUAUCAUAGACCUUCUCACCCAUCUUACAAGCCAAAAGGCUGAGAAGGUCCAUGGGCUGCUGAAAACUUUUGUCAAGCAGAACUCGGCCAUCAAUGGCAUCCGCCAUGUCACCAGUGAUGAUUUUUGCUUCUUCCAGAUGCUGAUGACAGGAGGCAUCUGUAGCACAGUGACUCUCAACUUCAACAUGCCUGGUUCCUUUGUUCAUGAGGUCAUGAUUGUGGGGUCAGCUGGCCGUCUUAUUGCUCGUGGGAUGGACUUGUAUGGCCAGAAGAACACAGCUCCCCAGGAAGAGUUGUUACUUAAGGACUCUCUGAAUAUCCAUGCAGAGCUUUCAGACAAAGAAUUCAAAGACAUCCCUCGUCUGUACCUCAAAGGGGUGGUCUACCUGGUGCAAGCACUCCGUCUUUCCUUCCAGGACCAGGAAGACCAGCGAACCUGGGAUCCCAAACCCGUAGCAAUGGCAGCUUCCUUUGAAGAUGGUCUCUAUAUGCAAAGUGUUGUAGACGCUAUUAAAAAAUCCAGCAGGUCUGGGGAAUGGGAAACAGUAGAGGAAAUGACUGAGGAGGCAGAUGCCAACCAGAACCUCUGUGAGGCGCUUCAGAGAAAUAACUUAUAAUGCAAAUAUUCCUGGA